CUCCUGGCGCACAUCACAUGCAGUUUUCUGCGUGAAGGGCUGAUGAGGGGAAGCUGAGAAAUGAAUGGAAGAGGCUGGGGAAUGCGGCGGCAGCGCAGGUCCCACCCCCGGGCGCGCCCCGCUCCUCUCCGCCCCGCCCCUCUCGCUUUCGUACACCGGUUCCCCGGGGGACGGGCCCUCACCCGCUCACUCUUCAAAUCACGCUCCUUGGCUGGAUUCUCGUGAGAUCUAUGACUUCACCGGAAGACCCGCCUCCUAUGCCGUAAAAGGCCAAUGGGCGAAAACGACGGUUGCGACGGUUGGGUUUUGAAGGAGCCAAUGAGUGCUCGGAGCGGAGAGUUUAAGAAGCGUAAAUCGGCUCUGCGGAAGCCGGUCCGGGAUUGGAAUCUGCUGCGGGCUGAAGGACUCGGCGGGCACCCACUCCAAGGACCCCUCCCCUUGCAGACGCUCCCAUGGCGCAGUUCGUGUUCGAGAGCGACCUGCACUCGCUGCUGCAGCUGGACGCACCUAUCCCCAAUGCACCCCCCGCGCGCUGGCAGCGCAAAGCUAAGGAAGCCGCGGGGCCGGUCCCCUCACCCAUGCGGGCGGCCAACCGAUCCCACAGCGCGGGCAGGACCCCAGGCCGAACUCCCGGCAAAUCCAGCUCCAAGACUCAGACCACUCCCAGCAAACCUGGCGGUGACCGCUACAUCCCCCAUCGUAGUGCUUCCCAGAUGGAGGUGGCCAGUUUCCUCCUGAGCAAGGAAAACCAGCCUGAAGAUAGCCAGACGCCCACCAAGAAGGAACAUCAGAAAGCCUGGGCUUUGAACCUGAACGGUUUUGAUGUGGAGGAAGCCAAGAUCCUUCGGCUCAGUGGAAAACCACAAAAUGCCCCAGAGGGUUACCAGAACAGACUGAAAGUGCUUUACAGCCAGAAGGCCACGCCUGGCUCCAGCCGGAAGACCUGCCGUUACAUUCCUUCCCUGCCAGACCGAAUCCUGGACGCCCCUGAAAUCCGGAAUGACUACUACCUGAACCUUGUGGACUGGAGCUCUGGAAAUGUACUGGCUGUGGCAUUGGACAACAGCGUGUACUUGUGGAGUGCUAGCUCCGGGGACAUCUUGCAGCUGCUGCAAAUGGAGCAGCCUGGAGACUAUAUAUCUUCUGUGGCCUGGAUCAAAGAGGGCAACUACCUGGCAGUGGGCACCAGCAGUGCCGAGGUGCAGCUAUGGGAUGUGCAGCAGCAGAAGCGGCUUCGAAACAUGACUAGUCAUUCCGCCCGUGUGAGCUCCCUGUGUUGGAACAGCUACAUCGUAUCCAGUGGCUCACGUUCUGGCCAGAUCCACCACCAUGAUGUUCGGGUGGCAGAACACCAUGUGGCCACCCUGAGUGGCCACAGCCAGGAGGUGUGUGGGCUGCGCUGGGCCCCAGAUGGACGACAUUUGGCCAGCGGCGGCAACGAUAACUUGGUCAAUGUGUGGCCUAGUGCUCCUGGAGAGGGUGGCUGGGUUCCCCUGCAGACAUUCACCCAGCAUCAGGGGGCUGUCAAGGCUGUAGCUUGGUGUCCCUGGCAGUCCAAUGUCCUGGCAACCGGAGGGGGCACCAGUGACCGACACAUUCGCAUCUGGAAUGUCUGCUCUGGGGCUUGUCUGAGUGCUGUGGAUGCUCAAUCCCAGGUGUGCUCUAUCCUCUGGUCUCCCCACUACAAGGAGCUUAUCUCAGGCCAUGGCUUUGCCCAGAACCAGUUGGUUAUUUGGAAGUACCCAACCAUGGCCAAGGUUGCUGAACUUAAAGGUCACACGGCCCGGGUCCUGAGUCUGACCAUGAGCCCAGACGGGGCCACUGUGGCCUCGGCAGCAGCAGAUGAGACACUGCGGCUGUGGCGCUGCUUUGAGCUGGACCCUGCACGGCGGCGGGAGCGGGAGAAGGCCAGCGCAGCCAAGAGCAGUCUCAUCCACCAGGGCAUCCGUUGAGGACCAACUCAUCACCUCAGUUGUUUUGGGGUUUGUUUUGUUUUUUUUUAUUUUUCUAAUAAAGUCACGUCUCCCUCUC